AUGGGGAACGUGCCAUGGCUCGGCAUCGGGAUGUGGUGCAAUGGCUGCCCGCCCAAGAGCUGUGAAGAUGACGAAGCCAUCAUCCACGGGUACUGUUGCGGCUGCGCCUACGCAUCAGAUCGUCUACCAGUGAUGUGUCCCCAGUUCCUGCAGUGCCCCCUGAACCUUCACGGGCUCUGCCACGACUACGAGUACAUGAUGAGGUGCUGCUGUUAAUAACCAAGGACAAACUAGCUGCUAGUUUUAUAAUGUAGAAUAGUAGCCAGUUUUACAGUAUUAUGAUUACUAGUAUUGCUAGUAUUUUCAAUGGGUAUUGAAAUCUAUGAAAUCAAAAAUCAUAACAGAUAGACAAAAUAGUGACAUUGGCCAUAACAAUUAUCCCGUAAAAAAUCUAC